CAUUUAAGUCAUGUGAUCGUUCUAUAUUACGGAAGUGUUGUCAUCAUGUGACCGGGGAGUUUUUCCAAAAUGGCGUCCACUACAGUGGACUGGGAGUUUGACAAGUUCGAUGAUGGAUCUUUGAAAAUUGUUGGGGAGUUACAACUGAAAAAGUAUGGACAAUUUCUGGAGGAGUAUGCUUCCCAGCUGAAGGAAAUUGAGGGUGCUUUGGACGAAUCUAUUGGUGAUUCAUGGGAUAUGACACUUGAUCCUAUAGCUUUACAGCUGUUACCCUAUGAACAAACUAACCUGCUACAACUUAUUAAAACUGACAACAAGAUCUUCAACAAGAUCAUCACCGUGCUGGCUUCACUAUGUUGUGAGAUGCAAGCACUGCAGCAUGAGGCUCACACAAAGUUCUACAAUGCCUUGCUGUUCUAUGGAGAAGGCGAGCCUGAGAAUGGUUUGGGAGAUGGUGACGCCCAACUACAGAUGGGGAGGUUGAUGCCCCUUCUACAGGAGCUGUCGUGCUUUGUGAACCGUUGCUAUGAAGUUGUGAGGAAUGUGAUUCAUCAGUUUGCCUGUCUGUAUUCACUCUCACGAGGAGGACCUAAACUUAUUGAUGUUACAGAUGUCCAUUUCAAGGCUGUGUUUGAGGAGUUGGGAGAAGUCCUUGGAGUACUUAUCACACUGGAUGAGAUUGUUGAUAAUCAUGCCUCCCUCAAGGAUCAUUGGACGCUCUACAAAAGGAUGUUGAAGUCUGUGCAUCAUGAUCCCGGGAAGUUUUCUAUUCCUGGGGAUAAACUAAGACAAUUUGAAAAACUCAUCAUGAAGUUAGAGGGAGAGUUAUUGGAUGGUCUCAUAUUCCAGAACUGUGUGGAGCAAUCAUUUGAUAGCAAUACCGUGUCUGUGACAAAAAACUCUGUGUUCCUAGACGAGUUUAAUGUCAACAUCAGAGAUUACUUAACAGAUCUGGAGACUCGGAUAGGAGAAUCAAAUGAGACGGAUCAGCGAUACAAGUUCGUAGGACUGUGUGGUCUGUACGUCUUACACUUCCAGAUCUUCAGAGUAAUCGACAGGAAAGUCUUCAAAUCUCUCUGGGACAUUCAUAAAAAGAUUCCCGGUGUACACCUCAUAGGAAGCAUUAUCUGGUUUCCGACAACAUUUCUACUGAACAAGCUUCCUCAGAUGGUCAAGGCCCUGGACAAGAAGGCUCAGAUGUCGGUCAAAACUCAGUAUCAGACCUGGCUCCAGAGUCGUAACCAGAUGUUGACCAGAGACGUACAGAACUUCCAUACCAGUGUGUCAGCUUGGAUGGUGGAGAUGGAAUCGUCCAUGACCCGAGGAAGAACACUUAUGGAGGAUCUUAACAAUCGCUGUGUCCUAUUCAUACAGGGCCUUCUGUAUGCCUACAAUAUUAACCACCUGGUUCGUACCGUGAUGAAUCUACAUGUAGCAUUACAGAAGCCGAUGACCAAGACAGCUGUACUUUGUCUCUGUCGCCUCACAGAACUUUUAAAGGCCAUUGAACAUACAUUCCACCGGAGGACCAUGCUGAUAGCUGAGUCACUGAGCCACAUCAUCCAGCACCUCAGCUUCCUGAUCCUAAGCUCCAUAGGAACUGCCAGGAAAAGGAUAAUGUCAGACAAGAAAUACAGUGAGAGGAGACUUGAUGUUCUGUCAGCCCUGGUCCUCGCUGAGGCCGCCAUGAAUGGUCCAGGUACCAAAGAGCGACGGCUCAUCGCACAUUUGUCAUUAGCAGUGGGUACUAAAAUGAGAACCUUCAAGGAUGAUGAGGUUCAGAUUCUUUAUGCCAACCUGAAGAAGCUAGAGAUGAUCUGUGAUCUCAGAGAGAGAGUACGACGGUCGUGCGACUGUAGUUUUGUGUAUUGGCAUCGCGUGAUCUUCCCCAUUUACUUGACGGAUAUGCUGGAAAACGUUGUGGAUACCCACAGGAUCCAUUAUAUGGUUGGUGCUCUGAGGGACUGUGUUCCCCCAAUGACAACAGUCCGACACCUCACCUCACCUCAAGAAUUGUUGGACAUAUUUGACAAGGAAAUCUACAGCAAUAUACAAGAGCACCUGUUGGAUCCACUGUGCCGGGCAAUAGAGACCGAUCUUCGGCUCCACAUACACUCACACCUACAACUGGAUGACAGGAACCCUUUCAAAGUCGGCUUCAAGGACCUAUCCAACCUCCUCAAGGUCCAUCCAAUCAGAUUGUUUGAUAGAUACAUCAGUAUUAAAAGGUACGUGGAACACUACCUCAACAUGACCUUCUACAAUCUGACUACAGUCGCACUACAUGACUGGAAAACUUACGGAGAAAUGAAAAACAUGGCUGAACAGAAAUACGGCCUGGUGAUGGUGGAGUCCCAUCUUCCUAGUCAGACCUUGGAACAGGGUCUUGAUGUGCUGGAGAUUAUGAGGAACAUCCAUGUGUUUGUCUCCAAGUACCUGUACAACCUCAACAACCAAAUCUUCGUGGAAUGCUCCAGUAAUAACAAACAUCUCAACACUAUCAACAUCCGCCAUAUUGCCAACUCCAUCAGGACCCACGGCACAGGAAUCAUGAACACAACUGUCAAUUUCACCUACCAGUUCCUGAGGAAGAAGUUUUUCAUUUUCUCACAGUUCAUGUAUGAUGAACACAUCAAGUCGAGACUGAUCAAGGACUGGAAAUAUUUCAAAGAAAAUCACAUGCAUACAGACCAAAAGUAUCCAUUUGAGAAGGCUGAUAAGUUUAACAAAGGGAUACGGAAGCUGGGCCUGUUGCCGGACGGGGAUAGCUACCUGGAUCAGUUCAGGGUCACCAUCAGUCAGAUAGGUAAUGCAAUGGGCUACAUUCGAAUGAUCAGGUCUGGAGGUCUUCAUUGCUGUAGUAAUGCCAUCAGGUUCAUCCCCGAUCUAGAGGACAUUGUCAACUUUGAGGAACUCUGUAAGGAGGAGGGUCUGUCACAGGAGUGCCAGGUUGCUGCCAAAAAUCUUGACAAUGUUGUUGGGAAUUUAGCCAGAAAUUUUGCAGAAGGAACAGAGUAUUUCAAGCUCCUGGUGGAUGUGUUCGCUCCAGAAUUUAGAGAUACCAAGAACAUGCAUUUACGCAACUUCUUUGUUAUACUUCCACCACUGAUUGUAAACUUUGUAGAACAUUCUAUAAGCUGCAAGGAGAAGAUGAGCCGUAAGAACAAAGUGGGAGCAGCCUUCACAGAUGAUGGAUUUGCAAUGGGUGUGGCUUACAUCCUCAAACUGUUGGACCAGUAUCACGAGUUUGACUCUCUCCACUGGUUCCAGUCUGUCAAGGACAAGUACAGGGCAGAAAAGGAUAAAGUAAUGAAACAGCAGCAGUCUUUAUCAACACGACCAGAUGAGAAACUACAACAAACCAUGUCGCUUACUGUAAAAAGACUGGACGUAUGCCAACAGGAAUAUGAUCUUCUAUACUACUCUCUAAGUAGUGCCAGGAUUUUCUUCCGAGCUGACCGUACAGCUGCUGAGGAAAAUGAGGAAAAGGACAAAGAAGCUGCUAAGGCAGGCCAGGCUGACGGGACAACUCCAGCACAGCCAGCUGCUGCACCAGAUCCAGGAGCUUCAGGAACAGCAGCGCCGCCACCACCACCACCACCACCAUCUGGAGCCCCACCCCCACCACCUCCUCCACCCCCUCCUCCAGGUGGGGCACCACCACCCCCACCUCCGCCCCCUCCCCCUCCUCCACCACCACCCCCUCCAAUGUAGAAGGACAGUCUGAGUACAGAAUUUGAACCAGAUGUGUUUGUUGGUGCUAAGUACUGUUAAUUAACUAGAUGACCGACACUUACUGCUAUAAACUAAGAUUAUUUGCUUAAAUACAAUUAUGUUUUACUGAAUUAAAGAGGAGGAAUGUCCGUAUUAGUAUGUGAAGGAACAAACAUUGAUUUACAGGGAAGGAUUUUGGGUCAGCAGAUUGUACAAGGAAAAGUUAUUAGCAUUGUUUGUUUAUUAAAUAUACAAACUGGAUAUAUAUUGUUGAACAUACAAAAAGGCUAAAAACUGUCAAUAUGAAUCCCUCCCCCAUGUAAAAAUCUAUCUAAACAUUCUGUGAUAUAUGUAUACUUCAACCAAACCAUAACCAAAAAUUAGUGUUCCUUCAUUUUUCCUGUUACUUGUCCUUUGUGAAGUAGCAAUUUUCUGGUGCAUUGUAUUCUCUACAAUUUGAAAAUGACAACAAUGUUAAGAAUUGUGUUAUUUAAUUCAUGACCAAUACUCAAUUUUGAAAGUAUGUAUCUAUUUCAUAUAAGCUAAGCUUCAUCUAUAAAUUGGUCUGCAUGUUUCAGCCAUGAUUUGAGAAAUUUAUUUUGACCAUUACUAGAAAGUGUCGUUUAAACAAUUAUGUAAAGAAUGUGUGGUAUGAACUGAAUGUCAUUAGUAUAAUCAUCCUCUAGUUUGAUAUCAGUCAUUCACUGUGUAAUGUACAGUAUUAAAGAGCGUGGUGAUCAAAUUACCUAGGACAGAAAAUAAGACUGCUUCAAACAGUACAGAUUUUACAUGGUGAAUAGUGCAAUGUGACUUCUUUUCCCAAAAUUGAUAGCUCCCAUGGGAGGAUUAGGAAUGCAAUAUGUUACAUUUAUAUAUUAAUCGAGCUAUUAAAUUAUUAAACAAUU